CACAUGUCAUUCUCACCCCCUCCUCUCUCUCUCCCCUCUCCUCUCUCCAGCCUCCAGGCGCCACGGGAGGUCAAGGGGAGGUCCGGCGGGGGCGGCCGGUAACGCGACGGCGGGAACGCUGGGGGAGGGGCUCCGCGCGCGGGGCGCCUCCCGCCCCGAGAAGCUGCUCCUCAUCUUCGCCCGCAGCGUCGGUGCAGACCCCACGCGUUGACUCGAGGAAGAGUUCGAGGCCAUGGCGCCGCCCGUCUCCGACGAGAUGGAGCUCGCGCCCUGUACUUGUCAAAGUCGACGGCGGCGAUGAAGAGGAGGAGGUGGAGUAGUGGUGGUGAUGGCGGCGGGGAGUAGCAGCUGCAGCAGCGGCGCCGAUUCUUCUCCACGUCGUUGUGCUCCAUCUUGCUACUGCUGCUGCUGGUGUGGCAGCUGCCUGCUGCUUUUGUGCUUGUGCUUUUCUUCCUGCUCUUCAUCUCACCAAUUGCUUCUUCCUUUGAGUCAUUUAAAUUCUCAACUUUCAAGGACGCAGGCAAAAGUACGUUUCUUGAUCUCAGCUUCUCUUAAUCGUGAAUAAGUGAGCGAAUUAAAGAGAAGGGAUGGAUGGACCUAGAAUAAAAUGGAGCGAGUAGCAGUUGGGUUACGGCUACACGAGAAAGGGGAGGGAUGAAGAGCUGGGGAUGGAUGGAGACGAGGAGCAGCUUCUCGAGGCGGGCGCGCCCCGCGCGCGGAGCCCCUCCCCCCAGCGCUCCCGUCGCCGCGUGAUGGCGGGGUUGUCGCAGGCGUUCCCGGCUAUCGGGCUGAACGAGCUGUGCUACAAGGAGUCGCCGGAGAGCAUGAGGAGCGUGGCGGGGGCGCAGGAGCACGCGGCCGCGACGCCUUGGCGUCCGUCGCCUACGAGGCCGAAGGGAGACGGGAGAAGAUGGAGCGGCGCGCGGCGGCCGGCGAGGUAGCCAGGGAGGGAGGAGGCAGGGAGGCCGGCAAUGGCGGGGCUCGACGGCGACGGGCGGAGGAAGAAGCGCGCAGCGGGCGGCGGCCAGCAACCGUCUCCGCCCUCCUCGCCGGCCGCCGCCUUUUUGCCUCUCCGUGCGCGCUCGCCGGCGAGGAAGGAUGGCCGGGAGGGAGAAAGAAGGAGGCGCCGGUCGUUCCUCUCUCGUCGUCCGUCGAUAGAGAUGAUGGGUCCCACUAUUUGUUUUUCUUUCGUCCGACUGACAUGUGGGCCCCACAUUUUGUUUUUAUUUCAAUUUUUUUUAUUUUGCUCCUAGUGCCACGUCACCGCCACAUAGGAUGAGGACCAAGUCAAACCAGCCACGUAGACGCCACAUCUGCCAAAACCACCAUCAAAACCGCUGAGAGACCUACUUUGCACCGGUUUUGAUAGUUGAGGGAGCCGUUGUAUCUGGUUUUCUGGUUGAAGGAUGAAAAUCGGAUUCGUUGACAAGUUAAGGGAUCUCAAGUGAACUUAUUCCAUUUUUGUACAACACUAUACUACUACUUCCUCCGUCCCAUAAAAAGACAAUUCUGACACAUCCUAUUUCUAUGAAUAUGGACAUAUCUCUGUUUAGAUUCUUUGUAAUAGGAUGUGUCGCAUUCAGCUUUAGAUUCAUUUUUUGGGGACAAAAGGAGUAGAUGAUAACUUUUUAACACAAUAUAUACACAUGCUCGUAUAAAACGCGUGCACACUCACCCACACAGAUACCAUAUCUUUAUAAGCACCUUUAAUGACUAAUAAAGCGGCAUAUUUUGAGAUUCACGAACUUUGCCCCCGUGAGCACCUAUCGUAGAUUAAGCCGACAUAUUUUGAAAUUCACUCAGUCAUCACACACUCAGUCAUCACAAGUAUAUCUCACUACUCAUGAGUAGGUCACUUAUCACUAAAAGAAUAAUUAGUUGUAAAUGUGAGCUUAUAUGCUAAAUUUAAAACUUAAAUCUGGGUGAACAUAUUCCACCACAAGAACACAUGCUGAAAACUUAAUGAAUAGAAAUUAAGUCUCAUUUUAUUUAUAGUUCAAAAGUAAUUCAAAUGUUUCCUCAUAGGAUCCCUAUUUAUUUUUUCUUUACAUCAUUAUAUUGUCUAUAUAGUUAUUUUGAAGUAAUUUCGUCUAUAUCUAAUCCAAAAGGAAAUUUGCACAGUAUAACAUCAGGGCAUGUUUGCGCGCCUAAAUUUAGUUAUGAAGCAUCUUAAACCCAACUCAAUGGCUCUAGCUUAUUUUGUAAUAUCACUUCAGUCUGCUUCAUUCCCUUUUAAACGAAGUUAAAACUAUUUGGUUAAACUUAAGCUAUACUAAAUAGGCCCUGAGCGUAAAAAAAAAAACUUAGCUGUGCUCAUCUAGAGCUCUAUUUGUUUUUUGAGAAAAACAAUAAUGUUUUAAGAAAGGCUGUGUUUAGUUCAAGCCAAAAAUGUAAGUUUGGUUGAAAUUAGAACGAUGUGAUAUAAAAGUUGAAAAUUUGUGUGUGUAGAAAAGUUUUGAUGUGAUGGAAAAGUUGGAAGUUUGAAAAAAAAAGUUUGAAACUUUUGCUUUUAGUGGUUAAAAAAAGCAAUUAUUUAACCAACCGCCGGAUCUGAGAUGAACAACUCAGAUCGAACUCCCAAAACCUCUUCUGCGGCGGCCGCUUUCGUUAGUCAUCGCCGGCCUUCCAAAUGCCGUCCUCCCCGUGGAUCCCCACCGCCGGCGCUCCGCCGCCGCGGGCAGCGCCGGCCGUGGUCUACUCCUGGCUGUCGGAGCGCCACCCUGUCAAGGAGGCAGGAGCAGGAGCAGGCGCUUCCAACGCGCAGGAGUCCAGGCCCCGCGUUUCUCCGGCGGAGAACUCUGAAGUGGAAACCCGAGAGCAUGAAGAGAAGGUCAACAAAUAUCAGGCUGUCCUUGCAGCUCGUUUGAAGGCCAAAUACUUUUCUGGCAAGGCUUUUGGUAAAGAAAAUGUGUUUGAAGAAAUGACUAUCCAGUCUGAGACCAUUCUGUUAAGCAGGUGCCCGUUUUCAAGUUUAUUUGCAGAUCCAGCAAAAUUUUGCCGGGAGAAGAGCUGUACUAAAGAGGACAUUUAUCCAUCUUUGACAAAUGCCUCCUUUGCCAAGCAUAACCAUUUAUCUCUAGUUCGUGAAGACUCGUCGAAGUAAUUAGCGGACAGUUUGUCUGCAGAAAACUCUUAACACCUGCCAAGUGGCACCUGUCUAUCAAUACCACCUAAUGGAUGAGGGUUGGGUAGUUACAUUAUUAACUACAUAUGUUAUCCUUAAACUAAAUGAACUGAAACAUGUAAAAUAUCAACAGGCCUAAUUUAACUUGAGAGUUUAGUUUCUUCUUGUAGGCCUGUUGAGCAUAUAGAUAGCUAUGAACUUAACUCUAUGCAAAACAAUGCUCAUAUUGAGAUUAUUCCUCUAGGGGGAUGUCUCCAACAUUUUACCUGUCACCAUAGUACUCACAUGCAUGAUCUUUGCAUAUUUUUUUAUUGUUCCUUUUCUACAGAGUGCUGUUAUUUUGUAGGGUACUAGUAUCUUGAACUUUCUAUAUUCCGUUUGUAGUACCAACAUUCCAGGGCCUCCAUUGCCGAUUAUUCCGGUGCAUCUGUCAACAUACAUGGCAAGCUUCAUCUGCAAGUGCCCCUGGAAUCAUGGUGGACAGAUGUAUGACCAAACACACCUGAACUGCAUCUGCAGCCAUUCUUAUCUUCGUGCAACUGUACCUGCUAACCUGCACCAGGUAAAAUAGCUCCUAUGAGCGACGGUUUGUUGAGGUGCUCUUGUACUUUCCAGUUGUUUCCUCAUAUUUGCAAAAGAGAUCUCCAUUGCCACCACCGUGAGACAUUGCAUGGUGCACUGGUGCUUCUUCCACCGUGCGCCGCACAAGGGCAGGGGCCAUGCCCUUUUAACCACUGUUUGCUUGGGUCCUGCGAUGUGAGCGUCCAACUAUGGUGGGGCCUUUCUCCCUCAGGUUCACACGUAGUACCCUGGACUGGACAUCCUUUGGCUGAUACCGCACUUGCAAUGGCAAAUGCAUCACCGGUCUCUAGAUUUGUUUUUUUUAGUUCUGAUCUGGUGCACAGCUGCCGUUCCUAUCUUCAGCAACACAAUUUGCAAUAGAAAUGUACCUCCUUUUCUUUUCCUUUACUGUGGAAAAUGAGUUAAUAUAUGUACGACAUCCUAUGUUAAUAUUUGAUAUUGGGAUUCUGUGAGAUCCUGCACAUCUUUGAGACCGAAA